CGGGGCAUUCUGAGCUUCGGGAGCCCGGCGGGAGUAGCAGGAUGGCGGCGGCAGCGGGCGAGGCGCGCCGGGUGCUGGUGUACGGCGGCAGGGGCGCGCUGGGCUCAAGAUGCGUGCAGGCGUUCCGGGCCCGCAACUGGUGGGUUGCCAGCAUCGAUGUGGUGGAGAAUGAAGAAGCCAGUGCCAGUGUUGUGGUUAAAAUGACAGACUCGUUCACAGAGCAGGCUGACCAGGUGACUGCUGAGGUCGGAAAGCUCUUGGGUGAGGAGAAGGUGGACGCGAUCCUUUGUGUGGCUGGAGGCUGGGCUGGAGGCAACGCCAAAUCCAAGUCUCUCUUUAAAAACUGUGACCUGAUGUGGAAGCAAAGCAUAUGGACGUCGACCAUCUCCAGCCACCUGGCCACCAGGCACCUCAAGGAAGGAGGCCUCCUGACCUUGGCUGGUGCCAAGGCUGCUCUGGAUGGGACUCCAGGGAUGAUCGGCUACGGCAUGGCCAAGGGCGCUGUACACCAGCUGUGCCAGAGCCUCGCUGGGAAGAAUAGCGGCAUGCCUUCUGGCUCUGCAGCGGUUGCCGUGCUCCCGGUGACCCUGGAUACCCCAAUGAAUAGGAAAUCCAUGCCCGAGGCCGACUUCAGUUCCUGGACGCCCUUGGAGUUCCUGGUUGAAACCUUCCAUGACUGGAUCACAGGGAAAAACCGACCGAGCUCAGGGAGCCUGAUCCAGGUGGUAACCACAGAGGGAAAGACAGAGCUCACCCCGGCGUAUUUUUAAGCUUCAUCUCAGUGCCUCCUCGGGACCUGCCAGAUGAGUCGUUUGUCUCAGCGUGGCUGUGUCCAGCCCCGUGUUUUCUGUAAUCCCUGUUUGUGGUACGAGAUAGCGAGUCCUGUUUUUCCUCUUUCCCAAUGUGCAUUUUUCCUCCCCGGACAGUGUAAAAUGUUUAUGGGAAAUAAAAAAGAUACAUGAGGGUAGAGGCCCGCAGAUGGCACUUCAGUCUGUGUCAGCGAUGCGAGUUAAGAGGUGUUGAAUGGGCCCCUCUUGUAUUUGUGUCAUCUCGAAUUGCAUUUGAGACUCCCGAUUCUCUGUCCCUGACGGUGGCUGUUGACCCGCCUGCCCAGUUCAGAGGGUUGUUGAUAGGGGGGAUGUUUGGGGGGCCUGAGUUAUUUUUGAAUGUGACAUUUAUGUCGUGGAUAUUGUUGUUGGAGCCUCAAAUUGAACUGCCUUACAACUCCUUUUGUGGUGUAACUAAAAUCCCGUGGAUUCUGUUGAGACGCCUUCUUCCUGUACAGUUGCCAAAAGUGCAGCAGAACUACUUGUGGUCAUUUGGAGUUUAUCUUGCUAAUAAAUGCACUUCAUUUA